AAAAUAGCUUAGCUUCUGUACUUAAGAGGAAACCAGACUGAAGUAAAUACAAACAAAUGUUUUGUUUCCUUAAGUCCAGUUCCAUUUUGUCAGCAAGCAAGAAGGAGGAGAAAUGCUUUUGGCGUCAAGCCUUUAUCAGAGUUUUAGAAGAAACAGUUAGUACAUAACAGUCAAGAUCUCCAAAAAUUGCUGAUGAGACAUCAAGAAUCUGAUAUUGCUUAAAAUGAAAGUCUGCUGACUGUACCCUCGACCUCUGCUCUACGGCUUCUUCAGAGAUAUGUUGCCAGAAGUGAUUCCUUUUCCUGUGCUAGGCGUACUUUUUCUCUUAUCCGUGAGUAAUACUGGUCCCAGCAAGGAUGAGGUGCUCUGUUUUUGUAAAAAUCCUUCCUGUGCCAAUACAACCUGCAAAGGCUAUAAGUGUUAUGUGUACUUUCAGAAAGUAUCAGAAACAGAGCAGAGAGAAUCAGGAUGUUUUUCUAGGGAUACAAGUAACCAAUGUCAUGGAUCAGGUCCGACUCAUACAAUGUACUGCUGCCAACAGGAUCUGUGCAACAACCAUACCUUCAGGCCCACAUCACCACCACCACCACCACCGACCACCCAUGGCCCUGACAUCGUGCAGCUGCUAGUGCCACUUUCAAUCACAAUGGUGUUGGCAUUGUGUGCCUUUGUGUUCAUCCUAUUAAUUCGCUACCGUUGUCGAAAGAAGCACAGAGAUAUUAAUGAUGGAGAAGUCGUGGAGUAUGACAGUGUAAAUGGGAACCUACUUGAUGAAUAUUGCACUUCUGGCAGUGGAUCUGGUCUACCUUUUCUCGUGCAACGAACUGUGGCCCGGCAGGUUACUCUUGUAGAAUGUGUAGGGAAAGGCAGAUAUGGAGAAGUGUGGAGAGGAACCUGGCAAGGUGAAAAUGUAGCUGUGAAGAUUUUUUCAUCCCGAGAUGAGCAGUCAUGGUUUAGAGAAACAGAAAUAUACAAUACUGUGUUGCUCAGGCAUGACAAUAUCCUUGGUUUCAUUGCUUCGGACACAACAUCGAGGAAUUCCAGCACACAACUCUGGCUCAUUACGCAUUACCAUGAAAAUGGCUCUCUCUAUGACUACCUUCAGCGAAACACUGUUGACAUUGAAGGAUGCCAUCGUCUUGCACAUUCCAUUGCAUGUGGCCUUGUUCAUCUUCAUGUGGAGAUUUUUGGCACCCAAGGAAAACCAGCAAUUGCACACCGUGACCUGAAAAGCAGGAACAUUCUUGUAAAAAAAAAUAAAGAAUGCUGCAUUGCAGACUUGGGUCUAGCUGUGAUGCAUACUCAAACCAAUGAUUAUUUGGAUAUUGGCAAUAACCCUCGUGUUGGGACAAAGCGUUAUAUGGCUCCAGAGGUUCUUGAUGAGACAAUCCAUAGCGACUGCUUUGAAUCCUACAAGCAAGCAGAUGUGUGGGCUUUAGGCCUUGUGCUCUGGGAAAUUGCCAGAAGAACAGUAGUGAAUGGAACUGUAGAAGAGUAUAAGCCUCCUUUUUAUGACCUAGUUUCAAGUGACCCCAGCUUUGAGGAUAUGAAGAAAGUUGUGUGCACAGAACAACGGAGACCUCACAUUCCGAACAGAUGGACUUCAGAUGCGACUCUGGCGACUCUAGUGAGAAUUAUGAGAGAAUGCUGGUUCCAGAAUCCAUCUGCGAGACUUACAGCACUCAGAGUUAAGAAGACCCUCAGUAAACUGAACUAUUCAGAAGCAGAAAUCAAACAAGAUUUUUACAAAGGAAAAUGAAACUACUGUGAAAUUCUGGUCAUCAGGCAACUUACUUUUUUGUUCUUCACUCUGUCACCCAAAAUGCCUCACUUACUGUGCACAAGCUCCAUUACUAAUAUAUACUGUACGAACAGUCCAGCAUUUAAACAGACUUUCUUUUAAUGGUCUUACCUGGUAUGUGCAGUGGUCCACAUCAGAUAUCAUUAGCACUAGCCCUGCUUUUAUAGGGCACAGCUUUCAGGUCACUCUUAUUUUGCUAGAAGGCUGCCUUAAGUACACUUAAGUAUCUUGUAAAAUCUGAAAAGGCUUUUACAUUUAUUACACAUCAAACUGCAUGAUGGAAAACAGAAGCAUGGGUUCUGUUUUCACCAGCUUAUUUUCUUAUAACAGAGAAAAUGCAGGAACUUAAGAAAAAAAUAGACUGAAGUCCCAUCCAAGUUACUGACUUGCCAUGUGAGAGAAAAAGAACAAUUGCUGGGCAUCAGGACUGUCAAACUGAGAUUCUUAUAUGCAUGUUGUAUGGCAAAGUUCAAACUGAGGAUUAAGCAAAGGGGGUCAAUAUCCAGAACAAAAUGAGAUUUAAUGUAUAACAAAACACUGGUUUGGAACCACAAAUGAUGACAUUUUGCUUCAACAAGACACAUUAAGACUUAACUCUUUACUGCCUUCUCAUAUUAAAAAUUAAACCAUGUUGACAAAGUCUAA